UGAUGUAAAUGACAUUGGUAAAGGUCAAUUGAUAAGAAUUAUUACACAAUUUUGCAAUAUAUGCCUUGAAUUGAAAAGUCAGUAGUCAGUCCUGCUUCGGAUUUGUAUCACCAGCGGUCUCAGUGGCUGCGUAUGUGCUAGAUAUAUCUUAAAUAAAAGAUAGUAAACAUGACUUCCCGCUUCCAAGUGGUCGAACAGGGACCGCCAAUCGAGGUUUUUCAGAAGAAUAAGUUGUUUAUUGACGACACUUUUCAAAACAAGGUGAACCUGACCAUAGGCGCAUAUAGGGAUGAAAAUGGAAAACCAUGGGUACUCCCCGUUGUACGCAAGGUGGAAAAACAGAUGGCAGCUGACGAAACCCUGUUGCAUGAAUACCUGCCUGUACUUGGUUUGGACCAGUUCUCCAACGCCUCCGUGUCCAUGCUGCUGGGCGAAGACAACCCUGUGAUUGCGAGUGGACGUGCUUUCGGCGUGCAAGUGCUGUCGGGUACUGGCGGGCUACGCGUGGGCGCCGAGUUUUUGCGACGCCAUCUCAACUACGACACCUUCUACUACUCACAGCCCACUUGGGAGAAUCACCACCUGGUGUUCGUGCGUGCCGGGUUCGAGAACCCGCGCACCUACCGGUACUGGAACGCGAAGACGCGCACCAUCGACUUCGACGGCAUGCUGGAGGACCUGCGCGCGGCGCCUGAGAACUCGGUCGUACUGCUGCACGCCUGCGCGCAUAACCCCACCGGCAUCGACCCCACGCACGAGCAGUGGGAGAAGAUCGCCGACGUUUGCGAGGAGCGCAAGCUGUUCCCGUUCUUCGACAGCGCGUACCAGGGCUUCGCGUCGGGCGACCUGGACCGCGACGCGUGGGCCGUGCGCUACUUCGUGCAGCGCGGAUUCGAGCUGGUCUGCGCGCAGUCCUACGCCAAGAACUUCGGACUCUAUAACGAGCGCGUGGGCAAUCUGGCGGUCGUGGUGGCGGACGCGGCGCUGGCGCCGGCCAUGAAGUCGCAGCUGACGUGGGUGGUGCGCGCCGGCUACUCCAACCCGCCCGCGCACGGCGCGCGCAUCGUCGCCACCGUGCUCAGCGAUAAGCAGCUCUUCGAUCAAUGGAGGGAACACAUCAAGACGAUGUCGUCGAGAGUUAUCCAGAUGAGAGAAGCCCUGCGAGCCGAGCUCAUAAAGCUGGGCACGCCGGGCACCUGGGACCACAUUGUGAAGCAGAUCGGGCUGUUCUCGUACACGGGCCUGACGCCGCGUCAGGUGCAGCACCUCAUCGAGCAGUACCAUAUCUACCUGCUCAACUCGGGCCGCAUCAACAUCUGCGGCCUCAACCCCGGUAACGUGCGCUACGUGGCCGAGGCCAUCCACGACGCCGUCGUCAAGUUCCCCGGCGACGAGUAACUAUACCUUCUUGUUACCGGUGGUGGCGGAGGCGGGCGACGAACAAACUCUUCAAUAACUACGAGGCCGAUGGGCUUUAGCACUCGUUGAUUCCGUUACACUUUUGUUAGAAACCAAUGGGUAAGGUACCCAUUGAUCAUCAUGUCGUCUGUCUACCAACCAACCAGCUGUCUACGCUACGCUUUUAACCUGUCUGCAUUUCAUGUUCUGCUGUACCUAAGCAUACUUAAAUUAAUCACUGUGAAGUCACAGUCCGUCGUGUGUGUCGCAGGUGUAGGCAGCUGUUUACUAGGCUGUCUCGUUAGAAAAACUAUGCUACACUUCAGAUCUUUCGAUUACAAAAAAGAACUCUUCUAAGUACCAUCGCCCACACUGAUAACUGUCCAUCGGUGGACCUUAUUACAAAAGGCAUGAAGUCCACAUAAACACUGUUUGUACUGACCCACGAUUUAAGAUGAUUAAAAGAAAAUGAAAGUGAUACUUAUAUCCACAAUGUCAAUGUCCGUUGUUGAUAUUUUUACGAGGCUUCUGCGUAGAGAACCUCUUUAUGGCAUGACUCAAUAGUGCAAUAUUUUACACCUCUUUUAUUUGCUUAAUAAUAAUAUACAGCGCAUAAUAUUAUAUUGAAACUGUAAUAAUUAUACAUUUUAAUGAAAUUAAGUAUGUUAAGUUUUACAAUAUACGAUCAAAAGUAUUGUCUAAAUCAAAACCAUAUAUUGUAGACAGCAUAAAAAUUGGAGCGCUAUACAAUAAAAUAGUUAUUAUUUAUUAAUAUUAUUGUUAUUUGUUGGCAUGGCGAUUAGAGUUUCAGGACUAUUCUAGCAAUAUUAGCAUAAGUUGUUAGCAAAUAUAAAAUCCUCGAGUUGACACUUAUGAUUAUGUAUAAAUAUAUUUAUGUUAAAAUACGUUCGUUUGUAAUUGAAAUCGCAGGUGAUUGUAGGAAGCAGGCGAUUAUGUUCGUUUGGAUGGCACUGAUCCGCCAUCAGCAGUUCGCUGCUAUCAGCAUUCGCCUAUUACUGUAAUGUACCUAAAAUUACAGAUGAAAAUAGAUUAAGAUCGCAAGGUGUGUGUUAAUACUAGUGGUUUGUGAUAGCAGCUAACGCCUACAGCUAACUUCGACAAUACCGCAUUACUCAUUCAGCUUACCAGUAUUAAAUGCUUUUAUUGUAGCAUGUGCUAGCGAAGUACAUACAAGGCGGUCACAGUUGUUGCCAGUGAAACAAAGUAAAAAUGUUGCAGUCUCGAAUUUUUUUACUUUGUAUACACAACAUUAAAGAGAUUAUCCGAGCACAUUUUUACGUCUUGGUAUCCUCAGCUUAGCGAAAACAGUCGAUAGUUAGUAUUCGAAUAAAGAAUCAUUGCACGGUUUGUUUUUGCGCGUAAUUAUUUUGUACGUACGCGUCGCAAUGUAACUCUAGCCGUGGCUUUGCGUGCACUCUAUGUGAGGUCAUGGAGUUUAAAGUUAGUCCACCAUUUCGUGCCUUGUCACAGUAACAAGGUAAGAAAUGGUAAGGAAAUUAAAUUCUAUGACUGUAUGUUUGGUUGCCCUACCGCGACGCAGAUGCUGCGCCACGGAUGCUUAUUAAUUGUUGUGGUUUUUCUUGUACAGUCAGAAAUAAGUUUACUAAGCGGGCGAGGUGUUCAAAAUUAACUGACCACAGCUGUAUUGUUAAAAGAGUAAGAGUGUGUAUUUCUUACCAUUUGUUAAAAUAUUAUUUCCACUUGAAAUUAUAUCUAUGUUAUUACUUAUGUGCUAUACAUACUUGUAGCUGUCAUUUUUGAUGUUUUAAAGAUUUGUAUAAACAAUAUAUUGUCAUACCUAGUUGUUUUUUUAAUAAAACAAAUACUCAAUGAAAUUAAACAUCUUUUUUUUCAGUGAGAUGUACGCAAAAUUGUAACGUUAUUUUGCGAAUCCCAUGGGAUCGCCGAGUUGGCAGCCUUGGGGCUGCACUGACCUCGCGCUUGCAACAUCUAAGAUAACAUUGUAAAUGUACACUUUAGUAGGUAUUUGCAACUUUAAUACUAAUCAAUUCCUAUAUCAUUUAAUUAAUUGCAAAUAAAAGUUGCAGUAGUAAUAAGGAUACAACAGAAAUAAAUAGGGGUGACUUGAA